GUGAAUGGCAGGGAGCGUGAAUGUUGGACACAAAACACCAGAAAGUAAUCGGGAGAAAGCGGGGUGAGGUUGUGUGAGCGUUGGGGAGAACUACCGCGACGCUGAUAGCAACUAUAGGCGCUCAUGUAACUCUGUCCUCGUCUUCUCUGUAGACCGAAGAGAACUCGACACAACGCACCCUCUUGUGCUUUGCAUGCGGUGAGCGAUCAAGCGCGAGGGCUCGGAAAAACAGCGGUGGAGACGGAAGUUUGGAAAUCCCGGGCGCCUCAGGAGUGAAUGGUGGAGCCCAGUCCCCCAGCGCUGCAUCUCCAUGCCAGCGGUGAUGUCAGCAUGGUGGGCGUCAGUGUGAAGUUGGAGGAGUCUGGAGGAGAAGGGGGAGGAGCCCAUACCAGGGCAGAGCAGCUCUCCUCUCCUGCCUGUGAUUGGUCAGGACAUCAGCCAAUGGAACGACCAGAGUCUAGACAGCUGACUCCUCCCCUCUCCCGCUCACCCUCAGAGGGCUCUCCUGGUAAGGAACAGCUUCUCAGACAGAGUCCUGUUGGGAUGAAGGGGGGCAGCAGGGGGUACAACCACCGACCAGAGGGACACAUGCACCCCACUGUCAGCGAAGUCAUGCCCACCAUAGAGAAGCUUCUGAGUGUGGACUGGAGGGAGAAAUUUCUGGACAAAAGCCCCCUGGGAGGCAACCACCUGAAAGGCACUCCAGAGUCUCUGGCAGAGAAGGAGCUGCAGUUGUUAUUGAUGAUCAACCAGCUGGGUGGUCUGAGGGAGCAGCUGCUGGGAGCCCACUCUGAGCAGAGGAACAUGGCUGCCUUGCUGCUGGAGAAACAACAGCAGCAGAUGGAGCUGGCCAGACAGCAGCAGGAACAGAUUGCCAAACAGCAGCAGCAGUUGAUCCAGCAGCAGCACAAAAUCAACCUGCUUCAGCAACAGAUCCAGCAGGUUAACAUGCCCUACGUGAUGAUCCCAGCCUUCCACCCCAACACCCAGCAACUCCCUGUCACUGCCGACAACCAGAUGACCAUGCCUCUGCAGCCAAUCCCCUGCAAGCCAGUGGACUAUCCCAUGCAGCUGCUGCAGAACUCUCACUCCACCCCUGUGAAAAGGCCCAGUGGUACCUUCCGUCAGGAAGCCAGCCAGCCUCUGAAUCUGACCUCCAAGCCCAAGGGGAUGGACAUGGGGAAGAGCCCCAGCCCGCAGAUCUUUGAGCUGGGCUCGCUGACUCUUCAGGGUGGGUACAGACCCAGGGACAACCAUAGAGACAGCCCUUCACGGCCUGCACUUAACCUAGGUUUCCUGGGAGAGGGGGAUGUGGUGACCCAGGCCAUCCACGAUGCCCAGCAGCUGCUGUGGAGUCAUGGGCCGGGCGGAAGAGAGAGGGAGCGAGAGAGAGACUGCACUGCCAGGAUGGAGCAUAAGGAGUCUGGUCGCAGCGACAGGCUGCCACACCAAGACCGGGGAGAGAACAGACAAACCCGCCAAACCAACGAGGACCACCACAGCAGUGACUCUGAGGGCCCCCUGUCUGCUCCUGGUGUGGGGUUGUUUGCAGAGGUUCGCAGUCCCCCCUCCUCCGUCCACAUCAAGAGGCCCAUGAACGCCUUCAUGGUCUGGGCCAAAGACGAGAGGCGACGUAUACUACAGGCCUUCCCUGACAUGCACAACUCCUCCAUCAGCAAGAUACUGGGAACUAGAUGGAAGUCUAUGUCUAACCAGGAGAAGCAGCCCUACUAUGAGGAGCAGGCCAGGCUGAGCCGACAGCACCUGGAGCGUUACCCCGACUACAAAUACAAGCCCCGCCCCAAACGCACCUGCAUCGUGGAGGGGCGGAGACUCAGGGUGGGCGAGUACAAAGCCAUGAUGAAGAGCAGGAGACAGGAGCAGAGAGGGGCAUACACACACAGUCAAUCAGAGCCGCAGAAGCUGCACUACGCCCCAGGCGAGGGCCAAUACCCAGGCGGCGGUGGAACGGUCUCCAUGCCGACGGUGCCAUUCCACCCCGCGCUAUUGGAGCACUACCUGCCACGAGGGUUGGAGGCUCCGCCUCCUCGCAGACUUGACGGGCAGAUCACACCCACUCCCCUCCACAGAGAGAGGGAGAGACCACCGUACAGCGAGGGGGAGGAGAGUGACAGAGGAGAGAGGAGUGAGGGAGAGCUAGUUCUCCUCACUGACUGAGUGGGAGAGAGGAAGGGAGAGUUUUUAAUAGGGUUAAAGGAGUAAGGGAGAGCUAGUUCUCCUCACUGACUGACUGAGUGGGAGAGAGGAAGAGAGUUUUUAAUAGGGAUAAAGGAG